CAUCUUGCCCUUCCGCCCAUCUUCUCAAGCCUCUUCCAGGCAACUCCCACCCAGAGCACCGGCGAGACCCUGCACCUCCCACACAUACGCUUGCCUCCAACGCCAUGUCGUCCACCCAGUACCCCUUCUCCUUCGGGAGCUUCGACUAUUUCUGCUCCCAGCUCUCGCUGACCCUGUGUCCGCUCGUCAGCACCAACACCCUCGGUGGAGGCGUCGAGGCUUCUUGCUACUCCCGAAACAUCCAGCUCGGCGGCGACCCCGGCAUCCUCAUCUUCGAGCCCGCCGUCCUGAUCAUCCACCUCGUGGCCCUGAUCAUGACCGGAAUCAUGAUCUACCACAUCCGCUCGAAAUACACCGCCGUCGGCCGGAAGGAAAUCGUCAUGUUCUUCUACAUGUACGCCUUCACCACCAUCUUUGAGUUCCUGCUGGUCUCGGGCAUCAUUGCCUCGUCGUCUUUCCUCUACCAAUACUUUGUUGCCGGCUACAUCGGCCUCGGCGUCGCCACCAUGUUCUGUCUGCUCUGCAACGGUUUCGUCGGCUUCCAGUGGGCUGAGGAUGGUACCCCUCAAUCGCUCUGGUCGAUCCGCAUCGCCACUUUUGUCGUCUUUGCCAUCACCAUGUUUGUGGCAUUGGCCACCUUCCUCGGCAUCGGCCCCUUCAACUCGGCCAGCCCCAUCGGUCUCUUCAUCGUCUACUUUGUGUUUUCCGUCGCUUGCGUCUUUAUCUACUACGUGCUCCAGAUCAUCCUGGUCGUCAAGACUCUGGAAGACAAGUGGCCCAUUGGUGACAUCACUGUUGGAUUCCUGUUCUUUGCCGCUGGCCAGGUCUGCCAGUAUAUCUUCUCGAUCCAGAUCUGCAACCUGGCCCAGCACUACAUCGACGGCAUGUUCUUUGGCGUCAUCUGUACUCUCCUUGGUGUCAUGAUGGUCUACAAGUUCUGGGACUCGAUCACCAAGGAAGACUUGGAGUUCUCUGUCACCGGAAAGAGCAGCGUCUGGGACGGCAAUGGCGAGAAUGAUAUCUACUAAGCCAGCCGCGCCUCCCCGCUCCUCUCUCUCUCAAGACAUCCAUAUAGAACCCUCCUCUCCUUUCCCAGCCGGUGACUUUCGGGAU